CCUCCUCGCUCAGGUAUCAGGCGAAACUGGUCGGGCGUGCGAGAGAGGACGGCGGCGGCGGCAGGAGCGGAGGGAGGAUGGCUGGGCGCCGCGGGCUGUGCGUGCUGCUGCUGCUCAGCGCCCUGCUGGUGGCUGCCGUUCCCACAGAGAGAAGUGGAACCAGCAGUUCAAAAGGAAGAAGUUUUGCUGGGCAGAGGGUUCCAAAUACUGAUAAUGCCUCUGAGGAGUCAUACAAAGUGGAUGACUUUGCAGCAAAAGUCCUUACAGGAAAACUGACUACAGUUUUUCUUCCCAUUGUCUAUGUCAUUGUCUUUAUCGUUGGUUUGCCAAGCAAUGCUAUGGCCAUCUGGGUCUUUUUUUUCAGGACAAAGAAGAAACAUCCAGCUGUGAUUUACAUGGUUAACUUGGCAUUGGCAGACCUUCUCUUUGUUGUGUGGUUCCCACUGAAGAUUGCGUACCAUGUAAAUGGCAAUAACUGGCUAUUUGGGGAAGGUCUCUGCAAAGUGCUUGUUGCAUUUUUUUAUGGAAAUAUGUACUGCUCCAUUCUUUUUAUGACAUGUCUCAGUGUGCAAAGGUAUUGGGUUGUAGUGAACCCCAUAGUGCACUCAAGAAAGAAGUUUGAAAUUGCCCUGGGCAUCUCCCUUGCUAUCUGGAUACUGAUUUUGUUGGGAACCAUUCCACUGUAUCUUGUUAAUCAGACAGCAUAUAUUUCAGACCUUAACAUCACUACCUGCCAUGAUGUGUUGCCUAGCAAUGUUUUGGCUCAUGACAUGUUCAAUUACUUCCUCUCACUUGCAAUUGGACUCUUCCUAAUUCCAGCUCUCAUCACUGCUGUUGCUUACAUACUAAUGAUUAAGACUCUGAAUGCUUCAAUCUCAGAUAUAAGCACUGGGAAGAAACGAAAAAGAGCAAUCAAACUCAUUAUUGCUGUCCUGGCCAUGUAUCUCAUAUGUUUUACACCAAGCAAUGUGCUACUUGUUGUGCACUAUCUGCAACUCAGAAACAGUAAUGAGAGCUCUCUGUACAUGUCAUACAUAACUGCACUGUGUCUAUCCACUUUGAACAGUUGUAUUGAUCCAUUCAUUUACUACUAUAUUUCAAAAGACUUCAGAGACAAUCUUAAAAAUGCUCUUAUUUGCCGAAGUGUGCGAACUACACGAAGGAUGCAGGUCUCUCUCUCAUCAGGCAGAUACCCCAAGAAAUCUAAUUCUUACUCUUCAAAUUCAAAUGGAACCUCUAAAUCAACCUACUGACUUCAGUCCUAGAAAAAAGUGAACUUUUUACUACUGGAAGGAAGGCAGUGACAAGAAAGUUAUUUUAUACAACAGUUUGAAGAAAUAACUUUGCUUUUUUAUUCACAUUUAAAGCCUAGGUGUCAGAACUGACAUCCUGUGAUCUUAUACAGAAUUAGCAAACAGAUAAAUCUUCUAACCAGGCUGGAAAAGAAAAUCAUGACAUUUCUGAUCCUUUGCGAAAGUGCUCCUGUCCUCAGUCUGCUGGGGUUGAAGACAUUUUUGUUCAAUAUUGAAGUUGUCUAAAAGCAGAAUGUCACUGGAAUGUUAUAUAGAGCCACUAGUAUAUUUAAUUAACAGAUAAAUCUGUUUUGUUUGGCUUUAACUGUAAUGAACAGUUAAACACAUUAUUUAUGACCAGCGUUGCUCUCUGUACGUGCUUACACUGAAUAUUGAUUAAACAGAAAUGACAGAAAGGAGAAUCUAUUUCACUAUGUUGUUGUGGGUCCAGCAACAUGAGUGCUUAUUAUUUGCUGUAUAAUAUAAUCUUACAUUGUUUUCCAAAUGUUUUAAAUACGAACACUGUAGAAGCCUGGUGAGAUUAUCAUGUUAAGUUGGCAAGCUGAACCUGUUAUCAGCUAGCACUGGAUAAAUAAAAUGUUAGUUGAGAUUAUAUACUGUUACUUAGUACUUGCCAGAACCUGAUCUUAAAUGACUUUAUUUAACAAAAUUUUGAUAAGUAGCUUUGAUUUUUUUUUAUAUAUAUAUAACUUGUA